AUGUCGUCCAAACUGUAUUCCUAUCGUCCACCUACCCCGACGCGCUCUCCCCUUUUUAAGAGUCCUUCGGAGACUGUUCCCCCGACAGAUGAUCUUGAAGAGCUGCAGAAAGAGCUUAAAUCACUUCGGCAGAAGUCAUUGGAACGUCUCAAGAAGGCCGGAGAUGACUUGAAGACUAUCGAGGAAUCUAUGAGGCGAAUCAAGGAGAAAGAGAAAGGCAAGGCAAAGGCGGUAGAGAAGGUGAAGCGUGAACGCCCUUUUACCCCAGCUUUGGAUGGGGACGAACGUGAUAUUUCUCCCUCUGUCAAUGGCUCUGUAAGGGCUCGAGCACCAUCGAUACCAGUUUCUUCCUUCCCUCCCUCUUCUAGGGCAUCACUGGACCCUCGAAGAUCAAUACCGGACGAUAUCAAGAAAAAAAAGAAGAAACGUAAACGAGAGGAAGAUAGUGACCUCGAGCAGGGUAAUCUACAGAGACCUUCCAUAGAGACCGUGAUUCAGAUCCUUCGUACAGAUUCCGGCCGCGCUGUGAAAACUUUGCCAGGCCCUUCUCUCAGUGUCCCUCUCAAAACAUCGAAGUCACUGGGAUUUGUGGCAAAUCACGUGAAGUCUUCAUUCGCACCCGACUUCACACUUCCGCCCUCCACAGUACUACUACCCACCCGUCCUCCGAUACCCCCCGCGCCCAUUGCCGGUCCCAGUAAUGCAACGGAUGUCACCGAAGAUUUCAGUAAGCUCAAACCGCCAGCACAGACUCCCGUCAAUACCUUCUACUCAAGCAUUGAGCCUUGGAUCCGAGGGAUUAAAGAGGAGGACGUUGGUUUUCUUGAGUUUACUGCGGAUGAAGUCGAGCCUUAUGUGAUACCGAAAUUGGGCAGGCAUUAUUUGGAAGUAUGGGAGGAUACCGAUAUGGCCAUGUAUGGUGGGCCAUUGCCUGGCUUUUCGUCUGGUCGAUUGGGUGAGAGCUCGACGUCAGCACCGAAAUGGGACCCAUCGACCCUGAUGGAGGCGGACCUGUUAACGGAGGAGCGCAGUCACGGGCCCUUGACUGAGCGAUUAAUGAGUGCCCUUUUGCCAAUGCCAGAUUCGACAGUGUGGAAGGGCGUCAAGGCUGCCGAGGACGCUAUGGAGGGAAGGCCAGGCGGAACUGGUGCUGCAGCUGCGAAGCGGGAGAAAGUUAAUGUAGUUGAUUUGGAGGAGAGGGUUCAAGACACGAUGCGGUUUCAUGGGUUACUCCAUGAGCCGCCUGAUUUUUCGACGAAAGUAGACGACCCAAUUGCCACAGCUCUCAGGCAUGCUCAGCGUCAAUUACGGACCGUGGUGGCCAUGAACAAGGCCAGGAAAGAACGUCUUGCUGCUAUUGCUCGUGAUCGGCUCGGUUAUCAAGAAUAUCUGGACCUCCGUUCCGCCCUUGAUAAAAGCAUCACGAGCGCCUACUCGAAAGUCCAGAAGAAAGAUGAGCCGAAGCUGAAUAAAAAGAAAAAGAAAAUAUCAGAGGUCAACGGGACCGUGAACGGGAUCACUUCUGGUGCCAGCGCGCCUAAACCUUCACCUGCAGCACUUGGACUCGGUCCGGAUGAUGAUCUUCAUCUUGUGGUGCCAGAUCACUUGCAGCAACUCGUGGAGACCCGGCGGCAGUGGGUGGCAAGUGUCGGGGGGGUUUUUGAUGAGAAGGAGAGGGAGUGUCCUGGUCGAAUAUGGGGCCUUCCGCGACGGAGCAUUUAUGAAGGGCUUGAAGAUGCUAUCCGCCACGAUCUGGCUCGGUCGUUACAUCCACGUAGUACUGCAUCAGAUCAACGGACUACCCAAGGGAAUGGAGAUGAGAUGGAUGUUGGAUGA